UUUCAGCACCGCCGUCGACUACAGUUGCGGAUCAUGUCCGGAUAUCCAGGCGCAGGCUACCACCCCGGCGGAUACGCUCCCCCGCCCCAGCAACAAUAUGCUAGCUACUAUCCGUAUGCUUUGAAUUGUUGAUAGUUCUGGAACUCGAAGCUAACGUAGCUCAGUCCCCAAGGCUACGGCUACCAACAGCCUCCGCCGCCGCCGCCUCCUCCUCCCCAAGGGCCUGGCUAUGGCUAUCAGCAGCCGCCACCCCAGCCGUAUGGCUACCAACAGCCAUGCCCACGGUGAACUCCAACUCAUAUGUCCACGGUAAUCACAGUGCACCGCCGCCACCGCCCCAAGCAACUCAACACUACGGAUACGGCUCCCACGGGUUUGCCUUCCAGUAUUCGCAGUGCACCGGGCGUCGGAAAGCCCUGCUAAUCGGCAUCAACUAUUUCAACCAGCGCGGCCAGCUCCGCGGGUGUAUUAACGAUGUCAGGAAUAUGUCGGCCUACCUGGUUGAGAAUUUUGGCUAUAAGCGCGAGGAUAUGGUUAUCCUUACCGACGACCAGCAGAAUCCCAUGAGCCAACCGACCAAGCAGAAUAUUCUGAGAGCUAUGCACUGGCUGGUCAAGGACGCUCGCCCCAACGACUCGCUCUUCUUCCACUACUCCGGGCAUGGUGGACAGACCAAGGAUCUUGACGGGGACGAGGACGAUGGAUACGACGAGGUCAUCUAUCCAGUUGAUUUUCGGCAAAAUGGCCACAUUACCGACGACGAGAUGCAUAGGAUCAUGGUGCGACCGCUGCAAGCAGGCGUACGCCUGACGGCCAUUUUCGACUCGUGCCAUUCAGGCACUGCGCUUGAUCUUCCAUACAUCUACUCCACUCAGGGCAUCCUCAAGGAGCCGAACCUCGCCAAAGAAGCUGGCCAGGGCCUGCUCGGCGCCGUAUCCGCAUACAGCCGCGGCGACCUUGGCGGUGUCGCUAGCAACAUCGUUGGCUUCUUCAAGAAGGCUAGCGGCGGCGAAGAGGCUUACGCCCGCUCUCUGGCUAUGAAGACGUCACCUGCCGACGUGAUUAUGUUCUCUGGGAGCAAAGACGACCAGACUUCGGCCGACGCAACCAUCGCAUCGCAGGCCACGGGCGCCAUGUCGUGGGCCUUCAUCACAGCCCUCAAGAAGAACCCGCAGCAGAGCUAUGUGCAGCUGCUCAACAGCAUCCGGGACGAGCUGCAGACGCGUUACACCCAGAAGCCGCAGCUCUCGUGUAGUCACCCCCUCGGUGAGAGACACCUGGCCGCCUUCACCAAGUCCUCCCGUUGUCUCGUGACUACGUUUAAAGCGUGUCCGGACUGAACACGAAAGAUUUCUCAAGCCACACAAGAGAUUUUUAAAUCGUUUUAAUAUUCUUCAAAAGGAAUGAAUGAGUGCUGACUUUUUGCCUUUUGCCGGUUGGGUGGUUGGGCGCGCACGGAGUUAUAGAUACCAAUUUGUUGUUCGUCAUGUGAAAUGAUGUACAUAUUUG